CUCAGUCUCCGUCUCCUACGUGGCGUAAACAAAUAUCUGUCAGCUGAUCCACGUCAAGAUGAUCGGCUCCUUCAAACAGGCAAAAAAAGACGAGGAAGAUGGGUGCGGGAACCCCUACCACAGUGUGGACAAGACAUCAGUGCUGCAGGAGGCACGGGUGUUCAAUGAGACACCUGUUAACGUCAAGCGCAGCACACAUGUCCUCACCAAGAUCCUGUACCUGCUCAAUCAGGGCGAGACGUUAGCCACUAAGGAGGCCACAGAUGCCUUCUUCGCCAUGACCAAGCUUUUCCAGAGCAACGACCUCGUCCUGAGGAGGCUCGUGUAUCUUGGUAUCAAGGAAUUAUGCAAUGUGGCUGAAGAUACCAUCAUCGUCACGUCAUCCCUGACCAAGGAUAUGACAGGAAGAGAGGACCAAUACAGAGCACCAGCCAUUAGGGCUCUCUGCCGCAUCACUGAUGCAACAAUGAUGCAAGCCAUCGAGCGGUACAUGAAGCAGGCCAUUGUGGACCGCGCUCCAGGAGUAAGCAGCGCUGCUCUGGUGUCCUGUCGCCACAUCAUGAAGGAUUCCCCCGAUGUGGUGAAGCGUUGGGUGUCAGAAGUGCAAGAGGCGCUUAGCUCCGACUGUGUGAUGGUGCAGUUCCAUGCCUUAGGGGUCCUGCACCAGAUUCGCAAGUCUGACAAGCUGGCUGUGACGAAGAUGGUGUCCAAGCUUACAUCCUCUGGCCCGCGAUCUCCCUAUGCCAUCUGUCUGCUGAUCCGUAUUGUGGCUAGGCUCAUUGAGGAGGAUGAGGCUGGUGCUGACUGCCGCCUCUUUGACUUCUUGGAGUCGAUGUUGAGGCACAAGGCAGAGAUGGUUAUUUACGAGGCAGCCAACGCCAUCGUCACCCUUAGGAAGUCAUCGGCCAGGGACCUUGCCCCAGCCAUCUCCGUUCUCCAGCUCUUCCUCUCAAGCCCCAAGCCAACCCUGAGGUUCGCAGCAGUACGUACCCUCAGCAAGGUGGCCAUGACACAACCCAAUGCAGUGACGGCCUGCAACCUGGAUCUGGAGAACCUAAUCCAGGACGUGAACCGCUCCAUUGCCACACUGGCGAUCACCACCCUACUCAAGACUGGCUCUGAGGGCUCAGUCGACCGCCUCAUGAAGUCCAUUUCUUCCUUCCUCAACGACAUCUCGGAUGAGUUCAAGAUCGUUGUAGUUGAGGCACUGAGGGCCUUGGCAUUGAAGUACCCCAGGAAGCAGGCUGUGCUCAUGGGCCAGUUGGCGGACAUGCUCCGUAGCGAGGGUGGACUUCCAUACAAGGAGGCCAUUGCUAGCACCAUCAUCACCAUUAUUGAGGAUAACCCUGAGGCUAAGGAGAAGGGUUUGGACCACCUGUGCGAGUUCAUUGAAGACUGUGAGCAUACAACACUUGCUGUGCGAAUCCUUCACCUUCUGGGCCGAGAGGGACCACGAACACGCCAGCCAGCGCGUUACAUCCGUUUUGUGUACAACCGUGUGAUCCUGGAGAAUGCCGCUGUGAGGGCAGCCGCAGUAUCCGUUCUUGCCAAGUUUGGUGCCCAGUGUGAAACCCUGCUGAGCAACGUGCUGGUUCUGUUGCAACGCUGUAUGAUGGACACUGAGGAUGAGGUUCGUGACCGCGCCACCUACUACCACGCAGUUCUGGCUACAAGGGAUUCUGCUCUCAUCCACCGCUAUAUCCUCAAUCCUCCACAGUUUGCCCUUCCAAGCUUGGAGAGAGCCCUUGUCCAGUACUUGCGCGCUGACACCUCUGCACCCUUUGAGACACGUGCAGUGCCCACAGCACCCCCUCCACAAGAAGAGAAGAAGGCGCAGAACAUCAUGGAAGUGGCACCACGGCAGGAGGAGCGUGUCGUUCCCACGCAUGAGAAGUAUGCAGAGCAGCUGUCAGCCAUUCCCCAGUUUGCCAACCUGGGUCCCCUCUUCAAGUCGUCUGCACCAGUGGAGCUCACCGAGUCUGAGACUGAGUACAUGGUGCGAUGCAUCAAACACACAUUCCGUGAUUACAUUGUCCUACAGUUCGACUGCACCAACACUUUGAAUGACCAGUUACUAGAAGCUGUGAAUGUGGUGGUGGAAGGAGAGGACUGGGAUGUUCUGCUGUACAUUCCUUGCCCUUCUCUGCCUUACUCUCAACCAGGGUCCUGCUAUGCCCUUCUUAGGAUUCCAGAAGAUAUCAUGGCAACAACAGGUACCUUUUCGGCUACCCUCAAAUUCAAAGUUCGGGACUGCGAUCCAGCUACAGGGGAGCCUGAUACUGAAGAUGGAUAUGAGGACGACUACACGCUUGAGGAUAUCGAGAUUAGCGUAGCGGACCACGUCCAGAGAGCCGCACGCAAUAACUUCGCUGCCGGUUGGGAUGAGCUGGGAGCAACCAAUGAGCUGGAAGACACAUUCGCCCUCUCUGCCAUGAGCUCCCUGGAAGAGGCCGUCACGCAGGUCACGCAGUUCUUAGGCAUGCAUCCUUGCGACCGCUCCGACCGCAUUCCCGAAGGCAAGAGUGCCCACACCUUAUAUCUCGCAGGUACCUAUCGCGGUGGUCAUGAAGUGCUAGUGAGAGCCAAGCUAGCACUCUCAGAUGGCGUGACGAUGCAGCUGACUGUGCGAUCAGAUGACCCAGGAGUUUCCGAAGUCAUCGCCUCUGCCGUUGGUUAAGCAUCAUCACCACAUGAGGAAAUUAGUGAUCAAAUUGUAGACAGGCACAAGCUUAUGGAAAAGAAAAAAAAGUUAUUGCAAUCCAAUGGAACUAAUGUUAUUUUUCAUUUUAGUUAAUGUUAAGCUUGGAUAUGUUAUGAGAUAUAUAUUUGAAUUUAUUAUUUUAAGUUAUGGUAUGGUAAAUCUGUCUUUUACUCAUAUCCCUUUUAAUAGUAUUUUGUUAUGUAACUUGGAAGUGAACCAGUGACAGUAAUAAAGUUAUUUGAACCACUUUA